AUGAGACCCGAGAUUGAACAGGAGCUUUCUCACACCUUGUUGACGGAGUUGUUGGCGUACCAAUUCGCCUCGCCCGUCAGAUGGAUCGAGACCCAGGACGUGUUUUUGAAAGACCACAACACCGAGCGUGUGGUGGAGAUUGGCCCCUCGCCCACUUUGGCGGGUAUGGCGCUGAGAACCAUCAAGGCCAAGUACGAGUCCUACGACGCCGCCUUGUCUUUGCAGCGCCAGGUUUUGUGCUACGCCAAGGAUGCCAAGGAAAUCUACUAUACACCGGAGCCCGCCGAGUUGGAGGCUGCCGCUGCCGCCAAGGAGGCGCCAGCCGCCGCUGCUCCUGCCGCUGCUCCCACCGCCGCUGCUCCGGCCGCUGCACCAGCUGCCGCCCCAGCCGCUCCCGCAGCACCAGCUGCGGCCGCCGCCGCUGUCUCCGACGAGCCCGUGAAGGCCUCGUUGCUUCUCCACGUGUUGGUGGCACAGAAGUUGAAGAAAUCGUUGGAGGCCGUCCCCAUGACCAAGGCUAUCAAGGACUUGGUCAACGGUAAGUCCACUGUGCAGAACGAGAUCUUGGGUGACUUGGGCAAGGAGUUCGGCUCGACGCCAGACAAGCCCGAGGACACGCCCUUGGAGGAGUUGGCCGAGUCGUUCCAGGACUCUUUCAACGGGCAGUUGGGCAAGACCUCCACGUCUUUGGUGGGCCGCUUGAUGUCCUCCAAGAUGCCUGGUGGCUUCUCCAUCACCGUGGCCAGAAAGUACUUGGAGUCCAAGUUCGGCUUGGGCCCCGGUAGACAGGACUCGGUCUUGCUCAUGGCCUUGGUCAACGAGCCAGCCUCCAGAUUGGGCUCCGAAGGGGAGGCCAAGGAGUUCUUGGACACCAUCGCGCAGAAAUACGCGGCCUCGGCCGGCAUCUCGUUGGCCUCGGCGUCCGCCGGCGCGGGCGGUGCUGCCGCCGGUGGCGCCGUCAUUGACAGCGCUGCCUUGGAUGCGUUGACCGCUGAGAACAAGAACUUGGCCAAGCAGCAGCUCGAGACAUUGGCCCGCUACUUGCAGGUCGACUUGAACAAGGGCGCCAGGUCCUUCAUCAAGGAGAAGGAGGCCUCGGCUGUCUUGCAGAAGGAGCUUGACUUGUGGGAGGCCGAGCACGGCGAGUUCUACGCCAAGGGCAUCAAGCCUAUCUUUUCCACGUUGAAGUCCAGACAGUACGACUCGUACUGGAACUGGGCCAGACAAGACGUUUUGUCUAUGUACUUCGACAUCAUCUUCGGCAAGUUGGACUCCAUCGACCGCGAGACCAUCAACCAGUGUAUUCAGAUCAUGAACAGAGCUUCGCCUUCUUUGAUCAAGUUCAUGCAGUACCACAUUGACCACACUCCGGGCUACAAGGGCGAGACCUACCAGUUAGCUCAGAAGUUGGGCCAGCAGUUGAUCGACAACUGUAAGCAGGUGUUGGACGUGGACCCUGUCUACAAAGAUGUGUCGAGAAUCACGGGCCCAAAGACCACUGUUGACGCCAAGGGCAAGAUUGUCUACGAGGAAGCCAACAAGGAGUCUGUCAGAAAGUUUGAGCAAUAUGUCUACGAAAUGGCUCAGGGAGGCCCAAUGACCAAGCAGGUCCAGCCAACAAUCCAGGAGGACUUGGCUAGAGUUUACAAGGCCAUUUCGAAGCAGUCCUCUGUGUCAAAGAACACCAAGCUCGAGCUUGACCAGUUGUACAGCUCAUUGGUCAACUUCAUGGAGAACAACAAGGAGAUUGUCACCGACCAGGCCACUAAGGAUGCUUUGCAAGUCGCUGCAGGCUCCAGCACACCAAGCGAGGACGACGAAACCACCACUUCCGACGACGAGAUUGCUUCUUUGCCCGACAAGACUUCGAUCUUGCAGCCCGUCUCUUCCACGAUUCCUCCGCAGACUAUUCCAUUCUUGAACCUUCAAAGAAAAACUCGCGAUGGAUGGGAAUACGACCAGAAGUUGUCUUCUCUUUACUUGGACGGCUUGGAGAGCGGUGCCGUCAAUGGUUUGACUUUCAAGGACAAGCACGUGUUGCUUACCGGUGCCGGUGCUGGCUCCAUUGGCGCUGAAAUUUUGCAAGGUUUGAUCUCUGGUGGUGCCAAGGUCAUCGUCACCACCUCUCGUUUCUCAAAGAAGGUUACCGAGUACUACCAGUCUAUGUACUCCAGAUACGGUGCUACUGGUUCCACUUUGAUUGUUGUGCCUUUCAACCAGGGUUCCAAACAAGACGUCGAGGCUUUGAUUGACUACAUCUAUGACGCAAAGGACGGCUUGGGUUGGGAUUUGGAUGCCAUCAUUCCUUUUGCUGCCAUUCCAGAGAAUGGUAACGGGUUGGACAACAUCGACUCCAAGUCUGAAUUGGCUCACAGAAUCAUGUUGACCAACUUGUUGAGAUUGUUGGGUGCUGUCAAGGCCAAGAAGGUGACUGACACCAGACCUGCCCAAGUAAUCUUGCCACUCUCUCCUAAUCAUGGUACUUUCGGUUUCGAUGGUUUGUACUCCGAGUCCAAGAUCUCUUUGGAGACUUUGUUUAACAGAUGGUACUCUGAGGACUGGGGAACCAAGUUGACCGUUUGCGGUGCCAUCAUUGGUUGGACUAGAGGUACCGGUUUGAUGAGCGGUAACAACAUCAUCGCUGAAGGUAUCGAGAAGGUCGGUGUUAGAACCUUUUCGCAAAAGGAAAUGGCUUUCAAUAUCUUGGGUUUGUUGACACCUGCCAUUGUCAACUUGUGUCAAGAGGAGCCUGUUAUGGCUGACUUGAACGGUGGUUUGCAAUUCAUUGAGAACUUGAAGGAGUUCACAACCAAAUUGAGAACUGACUUGGUCGAGAGCUCCGACAUUAGAAGAGCCGUUUCCAUUGAGUCGAGCAUUGAGCAGAAGGUUGUCAACGGUGAGGGUGUCGACGCCAAUUACUCUCAAGCCACCGUCCAGCCAAGAGCUAACAUGACCUUUGCUUUCCCAGGUAUGAAGUCUUACGAGGAAAUCAAGCUGAUCUCUCCAGACUUGGAGGGUAUGUUGGACUUGAGCUCUGUGAUUGUUGUCACCGGUUUCGCCGAGGUCGGUCCAUGGGGUAACGCCAGAACCAGAUGGGAGAUGGAAGCAACUGGUGAAUUCUCCUUGGAGGGUUGUAUCGAAAUGGCUUGGAUCAUGGGUUUGAUCAAGUAUUUCAAUGGUAAGAUCAAGGGAAAGACCUACGUUGGAUGGGUCGACGCCAAGACUCAACAACCUGUUGAGGACAAGGAUAUCAAGGCCAAAUACGAGGAGGAGAUCUUGGAGCACGCUGGUAUCCGUCUUAUCGAGCCAGAGUUGUUUGAUGGUUACGACCCUAACAAGAAGCAAAUGAUUCAAGAAGUUGUUAUCCAACACGACUUGGAGCCAUUUGAGGCUUCGAAGGAAACUGCCGAGCAAUACAAGCACCAACACGGCGACAAGGUCGAGAUCUUUGAAAUCGACGAAUCUGGUGAGUACACCGUUAAGGUGUUGAAGGGUGCUACUUUGCUUAUUCCUAAGGCUUUGAGAUUCGACAGAUUGGUAGCUGGUCAAAUUCCUACCGGUUGGAAUGCCAAGACUUACGGUAUCCCAGAGGACACCAUUUCUCAAGUUGAUCCAAUCACUUUGUUUGUUUUGGUGUCUACUGUGGAGGCAUUGUUGUCUGCUGGUAUCACCGACCCUUACGAGUUUUACAAGUACGUUCAUGUGUCUGAAGUUGGAAACUGUUCUGGUUCCGGUAUGGGUGGUGUUUCUGCGUUGAGAGGCAUGUUCAAAGACAGGUACUCUGACAAACCAGUGCAGAACGAUAUUUUGCAGGAGUCUUUCAUCAACACCAUGUCUGCUUGGGUGAACAUGUUGUUGUUGUCCUCUUCUGGUCCAAUCAAGACUCCAGUCGGUGCUUGUGCAACCGCUGUGGAGUCUGUGGACACUGGUAUUGAGACCAUCCUUCAAAACAAGGCCAAGAUUUGUAUUGUUGGUGGUUACGAUGAUUUCCAGGAGGAAGGAUCUUAUGAGUUCGCAAACAUGAACGCUACCUCUAAUGCUCUUGAUGAAUUUGCCCAUGGCAGAACUCCAUCUGAGAUGUCCAGACCAGCUACCACCACCAGAAAUGGUUUCAUGGAGGCUCAAGGUUCUGGUAUUCAGCUCAUCAUGACUGCUGACUUGGCUAUUAAGAUGGGUGUUCCUAUCUACGCCGUGUUGGCCAUGACCGCGACUGCCACCGACAAGAUUGGUAGAUCUGUCCCAGCUCCAGGUAAGGGUAUCUUGACCACUGCCCGUGAGCACCACGGUGACUUGAAGUACCCAUCUUCCAUGUUGAACAUCAAGUACAGAGCAAGACAAUUGAAGAAGAGGUUGGAGCAGAUUGCCAACUGGGAGGAGUCCGAAAUCGACUACUUGUCUGAGGAGGCUGAACUUGCCAAGGAGGAGUAUGGUUCGGAGUUUUCCAUUGGUGACUUCUUGCGCGAAAGAACGGAGGAAAUCAGCAGAGAGGCUAGCAAACAAGUUGCUGACGCCAAGAAGCAAUGGGGUAACAAUUUCUACAAGAGUGACCCUAGAAUUGCGCCAUUGAGAGGAGCCUUGGCUACGUACGGCUUGACUAUUGAUGACUUGGGAGUCGCCUCUUUCCACGGUACUUCGACUAAGGCCAACGACAAGAACGAGUCUGCUACUAUCAACGCUAUGAUGAAACACUUGGGUAGAUCUGAGGGUAACCCAGUCUUUGGUGUCUUCCAGAAGUACUUGACAGGACAUCCAAAGGGUGCGGCUGGUGCCUGGAUGUUGAACGGAGCGAUCCAAAUUUUGAACAGUGGUAUUGUUCCUGGAAACAGAAAUGCCGACAAUGUCGACAAGGUCAUGGAGGAGUUCGAGCACGUUUUGUACCCAUCGAGAUCCAUCCAAACGGAUGGUAUCAAGGCUGUUUCCGUUACGUCUUUCGGUUUCGGUCAAAAGGGUGCCCAAGCCGUUGCGGUUCACUCCGACUACUUGUUUGCUUGUUUGGACAAGAACACUUACGAGGACUACGCUGCUAGAGUGACAUCGAGAAACAAGAGGGCGUACAGAUACAUGCACAACGCCAUCACCAGAAACUCGAUGUUCGUGGCCAAGGACAAGCCUCCUUACGCUGAUGAGUUGGAGCAGCCUGUUUACUUGGACCCAUUGGCGCGCGUGGAAGAGAGCAAGACUGGUUUGGUCUUCAGCAAGAAGGGUGUUCAGUCUGACAAGAGUUACGUGUCGUCCGUUGCUGACGCUACUUCCAAGGCUUUGUCUGGCUUGAACAAGAGCUCCAAGGGUGUUGGCGUGGAUGUCGAAGUCAUCUCCGCAUUGAACUUGGAGAACGAGACUUUCAUCGAGAGAAAUUUCACUGCUAGCGAGGUCGAGUACGCGUCCAAGUCCGCGUACCCACCUGCAUCGUUCACUGGUACUUGGUCCGCCAAGGAGGCCGUGUUUAAGGCCUUGGGUGUCAAGUCCAAGGGUGCCGGCGCUGCAUUGAAGGAGAUUGAAAUUGUGCGUGAUGCCAACGGAGCCCCAACCGUUGUGUUGAGCGGGUCCGCCGCGGAAGCUGCUUCCAAGGCCGGUGUCAAGAAGGUCAAUGUCUCCAUCUCGCACGACGACUUCCAGGCCACCGCAGUUGCUUUGAGUGAGUUCUAA